AUGACAAAUGAGUUGAGCUCCUCAUUACAAAUGAUGGAUCAAGCUAUUGUCAAUGCUAUGGGACUUCUUGCUCUUACAAAGCAAAGAUUGCAAAAAAUCAGGGAUAGUGAAUUCGAAUUAUUAAUGGAUGAUGUCUCUUCCUUUUGUGAUAAAUAUGAUAUAAUCAUUCCGAAUAUGGACUCUAGCUAUCCUGGAAGAUCGAAACGUAGAUUUCUUGAUCUUACAUAUUCUCAUUAUUUACGUGUUGAUAUUUUUUAUGCUGUUAUUGAUUUACAUCUUCAAGAGCUUAAGAAUCGUUUCGAUGCUGUGAGUAGUGACUUACUUCUCAGUAUGGCUAGUUUGAAUCUAGUUAAUUCAUUCAGAAAUUUUGAUAAGAACAGGAUAAUGAGGUUGGCUAAAUGUUAUAUGAAUGAGUUUGAUAAUAGUAAGCUUGGGGAUCUCAGUUGUCAGCUUGAUAGUUUUAUAGUUUAUGCUCGUGAUUCUGACAAGAGGUACUUCAACUUGAAGGGAAUUAGUGACCUUGCAAAAUUGUUGGUUAAGUCAGAUUUGCAUCAAAGCUGGCCACUUGUUUAUUUGCUUAUCAAGUUGACUCUCAUUCUUCCUGUUACUACUGCGUCUGUGGAACGGGCUAUAAUGACCCGUCCGGAAAGACGAGUAUGGGCAGUUGUGUUAUCUGGUUAUAUGGCUGUUUCAGUUGAAUACGAGAAAUCUAUACGAUGUGGAUCCUCAGAUGAGGAUCUUUUUGGAGUGGAGGAUUUAUGGCUCGGGUUCGAUGAGUAUUCGGAACGAGUGGCAUUCUCCUACAGCUUUGCUUAUCUCAUUCCAGGCAAAGGCUGGGUCAUUUAUUUUGUCUUCCUUGUAUAG